AUGUUUUAUGCUAAGAAAAAUUCAUUGUGCCCUGAAUAUCUGGGUCCCAUCAUUGAAAGGAUCCAGGCUUCCUUAGCAAAGGAGGGAAACAAGAAAAUCAUUUAUCUUGGUGAUGGUGUUGGUGAUUAUUGCCCAAGCUUGAAGCUUACAGAGGCAGAUUAUUUGAUGCAAAGGAAGAAUUUUCCUGUGUGGGAUUUAAUUUGCAGAAAUCCCAUGCUUAUCAAGGCAGAAAUUCAUGAAUGGAUCGAUGGGGAGGAGCUAGAACGUGUAUUGCUUCAGGUUAUUGGUGCAAUUUCUAUGGAAGAAAGCAACGAAAAAUCUGCUCAGUUAUUCUCUGCUGAUUGCAAGUUGCAGACUAUAACCACUGGGGCCCAUGAAGCCUUCCCUAAAGCUCUUGCUGUUCCUCAGUAA